AUGGCUAGUGAUGAAAGUUUUAGACUAGGACUGCUUGGCGUGAAACGGGUGGAGAAGUUGUUCUAUCGUAUUCCGAUCUCCGUGUUACGCAAUGAUGUUAAGUAUGAUUCAUUCAUUAUUAAUAGUGACGAAGAUAUGCAGGUGUUGUUUCAUUGUCGCCGUCAGUUUCCUGAGGUGAGGACUCCGGAGUUGUUGGCGAAACUUGUGGAUGUGGCAUCUAGUUCUGGAGGCUCGAACAGGAAUAUGCACUCCACAGGAUAUGUAGCCAGCUCUAGUGCAUUGCCUGUUGGAUCAUCGUCAGCAGUGCCGGUGCUUGCAUCCGAGUCAGACUUAGUGGCUUCACCAUCGUUUGCCGUCAAUCUGAAUCGAAGUUGUGAUGCAUUAGUUGGCGAGGCUGGACCGUUGGAAGACGGUGAUUUUGCGGCACGCAGCUCUCCUCCGUGUGUUCCGGUAAUCGAAGAGCUUGUAGCACCCGAAGGGGUUGAGGAUGCAUUGCAGGAUGAUGAUGCUGAUGAUGUGGAGCCCGCAACGAUUGAUGCGGAUGAUAGCAAGGAGGAGACUCCACGGAUGACUCCACCUGUCAGCGAGGGAGCAUCUAGUUCAGUGCCUCAGGAAGAUCCGUCUGUACCUGUUGGCUUCGGGGCGAGAGACUCGCAAAAUCCAGGUGGCGUGUCGGAGUUUCAGGUCGGCCAGCAGUUUCAGGAUAAGGAGGAAGUUGUGCUUAGCGUGAAGACCUACAGCAUCCGCCGCAGGGUUGAGUACAAGGUCUUGGAGUCGGAUCACCGCAAGUACUAUGGCAAGUGCAAGGAGUUCGGGAGCGGAGCUGAUGCUGCAACGUCGAUUAAGGUACUGCAGAAUGCCACGAAGGCACACUUCGGGUUCAGGCCGACGUAUAGGAGGGUUUGGAUGGCCAAACAGAAGGCUAUGGCACAAAUUUACGGAGACUGGGAUGAUUCGUAUAAUGAGUUGCCAGAUGGGGCUCAUGUGACGCCUCAACCGGGUAUACUUGUCAUAUCAGAUAGGCACAAUGGGAUAAAGGCUGCAUUGGAGGCUCCUGAUGGGGGAUGGCUUCCCCCUACUGCAUAUAGGGCGUUUUGCAUCCGUCACGUGGCGGCUAAUUUUGCCCUGACUUUCAAGGGGAAGGAUGCAAGGAGGUUGUUAGGCUGCGUUUGUUUCUGA